UUGCCAUGUGCACGAGACGAUAUUGCAUCUGAAUCACGAUCAGUCGCAUGUGACAAAUUCACCGUAACGACUCCUUCGUGGUUGCACAAUAUCGCAACAAUAUGAAGCUCUCGCAAGGCUUCAUAGCCACGUCUUUGCUCGCCUGCUCACAUCUCGCGCGCGCAAACACCGAAAAGGUCAUCUUUAUCGCACCCGCUGCCAUAUCUUCAUCUGAGCCGUAUUUGAAGCUCGAAACCUCCUUCAUCGAUACUCUUACGCCUGGCAACGGCUCCAGCUUCCGGACGUCUCUCUCUGUUGCCUUUCCCUCGGGGGCGAACAAACGUGGAAUCGAAUCGUGGUAUCUCCUGGACAGCCUGACGCCGCAUCAAAGAUACGAAGUUCGGAUUUGUUGGCCCGCGAUUCAACCAAGCGAAUUCUGGCUCGAUGUUCACACAUUAACACAUGUUCUUGGUGACUCAUCCUUGUCACAGAGCCUUUCCAAGCAUUCCGCAAGCCGAAAGGCGGUCCAGACUCCAGCAAAACGGCGAGAGUACUCGAACAAAAGCAUACUCCUGCUGCAUGUUCAAUCGACGGCAGACUACUACACUACAAAUCGAACUCUCAUGCGGAAUCCGCCUAAGGUUCACGCCGAUAUCAUACUAGAUCCGUAUCUGCACAACAUCGUACCCAAAUCACUCGGCUUCACUGCCGCCUACGUUGUUACCCUCGCCAUCUGCUCAUGGUUUCUGGCGUCCCUUUCUUUGCGAUCUGUACAGCUUCCUCCAGCGAAAGUGCGUCAGGAAUAGCGUACGACGAGAUAUUAUACAGCUUGUCCGAGUUCAACCGAACUUGACACAAACCGGCUGGUAGGACCCGGCAUAAAGAGCGCAAUGUUCGCGGCGCCGCCGAGACAUCCAUUUUAUUCGUUGCCACCCGAGCUCGUCCUUGCCAUUGUGGAUCUUCUUCCACCUGAGACCUUCAUCAAUUUCGCGUUUGCUAAUUAUCCCCUGCUACACGCUCGUGGUCUGGCACCGGCUCUGUCUAAAUCUCGAGUGC